UGCCCUCCUAGUUCCUGUUUCUCUGCCAGCGCUACCGGAUGGCCUCCCAGAACCGCGACCCAGCCGCUGCCAGCGUCGCCGCCGCUCGCAAGGGGGCCGAGCCCAGCGGGAGCGCCGCCCGGGGCUCCGUGGGCAAGAGGCUACAGCAGGAGUUGAUGACCCUCAUGAUGUCUGGUGACAAAGGAAUUUCCGCCUUCCCUGAAUCAGACAACCUUUUCAAGUGGAUAGGGACCAUUCAUGGAGCAGCUGGCACAGUAUAUGAAGACCUGAGGUAUAAGCUCUCCCUGGAGUUCCCCAGUGGCUACCCCUACAAUGCACCCACGGUGAAGUUCCUUACGCCCUGCUACCACCCCAACGUGGACACCCAGGGUAACAUCUGCCUGGACAUCCUGAAGGACAAGUGGUCUGCCUUGUAUGACGUCAGGACCAUCCUCCUGUCCAUCCAGAGCCUGCUGGGAGAACCCAACAUCGAUAGCCCUUUGAACACACAUGCUGCUGAGCUCUGGAAAAACCCCACAGCUUUUAAGAAGUAUCUGCAAGAGACCUACUCAAAGCAAGUCUCCAGCCAAGAGCCCUGACCCAGACUGUCCAGCCUCUCUGUGUUGUCUUUUUAUUUUCUAUUUUCCUUAGAUGGUCUGUCUUUAUCUUCUGUAUAGGUGGUGUCAUUUAUGUUUUGUUUGUAUUUUAAAUUAAGUCUCUGUGCCCUUGUAAUGGAUAUAUUAAUUAAAUAAAUGGAUUUUGUUUUUUU